CUCUCUUUGUUCUUGCGUGAUUGUCUGAUGCACAGACACAAUUGGACAGUAUCAGUCGAUGCCCGGGCCCAGACGCCUGUGCUCUCCAAUCCAUCGAAUCGUUUUUCUCGGCUUUCUUUCAGCUCGCGCACCCACAAGACUCAACCGGGAAGGAAUCUAAUCCCCCCUCUUCUCUCGUCUUCCUCUCUCUCUCUCAAAAACCCAAAAAUUUGGUUUGAGAUUGUAAUUCUCAGAGAGCAAUAUGUUGGGUUUGCCGUCGCCUCUUGAUUUGGUUAACGUCGCUGUGUAUGGCGGUCCAAGCAAAGAGUUAAACUGGUUGGUGUCCAUCUUUGCCGGCGUUCUUAUGUGCAUAACUGUUUAUAAAUUAACAGGUGUAGUCAGCCUUUUGUUCUUCAAGGGAUAUAACAAACUGAACAAUGCACAAAAACUUGAAUGGAAAAAUCGGGGUUUCUCUACUUUCCAUGCGCUUUUUGUGGCAGUUGCUUCGCUCUAUCUCUUGCUUGUCUCAGAUCUUUUUGAUGAGGGUUCCCAGGAUGAGUUAGUUAUUAAUAGAACAUCAAUAUUGUCAGACACAAUAUUGGGGAUCUCCAUUGGUUAUUUUCUGUCAGACAUGGCAAUGAUUCUUUGGCAAUUUCCAGCUUUAGGCGGUAUGGAGUUUGUCUUGCACCAUGCACUCUCUAUGUUUUCGAUCAUGCAAUCUCUUGUAAGCGGCCAAGGACUGAUAUACAUACUAAUGGUUCUCUUUUCUGAGAGCACAACUCCCUUUGUUAAUUUAAGAUGGUACCUGGAUGUUGCUGGCCAGAAAACAUCCAACCUCUACGUCUACAAUGGUGUUGCAUUGUUCCUGGGGUGGCUGGUACUGUCCAAUAAACCUCAAAUUCUUCUUCUUUUUUUUUCCCCCAGUUGAUAUUGCAAAAUAAAUUUUAUGGUAGGCUUCAUAAUGUGCAUGUUUGAAACGAGAAAACAGGGAAUACAUUGCAAACUGAUUGAAUUUGGGUAGGUUUGGGUUUAGGUUAGGGUCAAUUGAGGUAGGACAACUAUAUCCAACCUGUCGCUCCCUUAGUAUUGAAGCCCCGAGUUGGCCUUUGCUUGCAACAGCAUUUUAUUGAACCAGGAGUUCCAAGUUUUGUGUCUGCUGUAUCACAUCUUUUUCUCUUGACAGGAGCUCUAUCAUAUAAUUUCAUAAUCUGUCAUCUUUUGGUAUGAAUAAAAUUUUCAUUCAUGUGUUUAAUUUCAAUUUUACAUUUUAUUUACAUAACGUGUGGACUUCUGAUUCUUUCAGGUAGCAAGGAUUCUUCUGUUCAUCUUUUUUUUCUACCACAUGUUUAUCCAUUUUGAUCAGGUCAAGAAAAUAUAUCCCUUGGGCUUUUACAGCUUGCUUACAGUACCAGUUGCGCUGACAGUGAUGAAUGUGUUUUGGUUUUGGAAAGUUGUCAAAGGUUUGAUAAAAACUCUCUCUAAGGCAAGAUAUCGUGAAUGAUCUGUUGUGAUAUGCUUUUGCUGGUGAAUACCAUUUAGUUUCAGUUUUAGUUGAGUUUGGUGUAUUCAAUUAAAAGAAUAGCUAUCAAUUUCAUUCAGCUUGGGCUGGUGGUUUAACUUGAC